AUGAGCCCUCCAACAAAAGAAGUCAUCGAGACGGAGCGCCUCCGCCUAAUCCGCAUAUCAGACACCUCUUUUGACGGCGACCACCUGAAAUGGUUUCACGCAAACUGGGUGGACCCAGUGGCAACAAGUUGGAGCCUCCACGGCAAAUGUAACACCCUCGAAGAAUCCCAAGCUUGGUUCACCGAGCACCUUGAAAAAUACGACAACAUAAUCUACAUCGUGUUCUCUCGCUUCGACGCCGAAGACAAAGAGUUGGAAUAUCCCGGCGAGGUACUGGGCAAUAUCGGCCUCCGUACACAAGCCAAAGGGGCCGAACUUCCCCCCUUCCCUCGGGACACCGCAGCACCGACAUCAGACCAGACGCCCACCAACCCCUCGGCGCCCCAUCUCUCCUCACUAGCUACUGACAAGCCAUUCAACCUCCGGUCUCUGGGGUACUCCUUUCUGCAAGUCGCAUGGGGAAAAGGGUAUGCAACCGAGGCUGGACGCGCGGUGGUAGAUGCGUAUCGGGAAGGGACUAGGGAGGCGAGGGAGAAGGGAGAGGAGGUGUACUAUGUGGAGGCUAUUUGGUCGCCGGAGAAUGCGGCGAGUGGGAAGGUGUUAGGAAAGUUGGGGUUCCGGACGAUUGGGUAUAAAGAGGAGGAGAGGGUGUGGUUGGCGGGGGACUGGAGGUAUGGGUAUUAUGUUAGUGGGUUGUACGUUUGA